AUGUUCACGAUCUUGUCCAUUGUUGUUGUGACAGUAGUGCUGUCUGUAAUGGUGGGACUCUAUCAGAAAAACACCAACGCUAUGUGCAAAUCGAAGAAAAGACUUGAUGGGAAGACCGCCAUCAUCACCGGCGACACCACAGGCAUGGGCCUAAGAAUAGCUAUUGAUUUCGCCGACCGAGGCGCAAAUGUGAUCAACGCAUGCCCUUACCCUAACGAAGGGGCUAGCGCUAUAAAAGCUAUCAAUGACAAAACCGGUAGUGAGAAAGUGAUCUAUAAAUACCUCGCCUUGUCUUGCCUCCUUAGAGUCUGUGCGGAAGUUUGCAGCGGACAUCAUGAAUACCGAAAAUAG